GUCUCCGAAACGUGCUCAGUCAGACUCACCAGUUUCUCGCUCGCCUUCCCCACAUACAAGACGGUUAAUGAGAGCUCGAGCUGAAAGAGAGGUGGAGAAAGUGACAGAGAGAGAACAUGACAGAAACCAUGUUAGGAGAGGUGAUAAGGGGGUACACAAGGAAAAGUCGCCUUCUCCCAUUUCUCGCUCUCCUACUCCACGUUCAAAACGGUUGAUGAGAGCCCGAGAUGAAAGGGAGGCUGAGAAGGCAACAGGGAGGGAGCAUGAGAGAAAUCAUAGUAGGGGAAGUGAUAAGGGAACAUACAGGGAAAGGUCACGCUCUCCUGUUUCACGCUCACCUUCCCCUCAUACGAAACGGUUAAGGAGAGCCCAAGUUGAAAGAGAUGCUGAUAAAGUGACUGAGAAAGAACAUGAGAGAAAUCAUGGUAGGGCUAAUGAUAAGGAAAGGCGCUCAUCCAUUUCUCAGUCUCCUUCACCACGUACAAAACGCUUGAGGAGAGCCCAAGCAGAAAAAGAGGCUACAAAAGUGACAGAGAGAGAGCGUGAGAAGAAUCAUGGUAGGACAAGUGAUAAGAGCACACAUAGAGAGAGGGGUUCAGAUAGGGAAACUGUGAGUGAGAGAAAGGAUAAACGUGGUUUUGAUAGGGAUAUUGAGAGUGAAAGAAAGGAGAGAACUUCAGGAAGAGAUGAAGUCAGUAGCAGGUCUACAAGAACAAGACAUGAGCGGUCUACUUCGCCAUUGGCUGAACCCCGUAGGAGUAGGCAUAGAUCUCGCUCACCUCAUUCAGCUGAUGGUGCCAGAACUCGUCAUGAGGGGACAAACUCAAGAGGAGCUGAACACAGGAAUGAUGAUGAUGAUUCAGUGGCUAAGAUGAAAGCUGCUGAGGAAACCUUGGAAGCCAAAAACAAGGUACAAAAACCUUCAUUUGAGCUGUCUGGAAAGCUUGCUGCCGAAACGAAUAGAUUAAGAGGUGUGACAUUGCUCUUCAAUGAACCUCCUGAUGCUCGAAAACCUAAUGUAAGAUGGCGACUUUAUGUUUUCAAGGCUGGUGAAGUGCUGAAAGAGCCCCUUUACAUACAUCGACAAACUUGUUACCUUUUUGGGAGAGAAAGAAGGGUAGCAGACAUUCCUACGGACCACCCAUCAUGCAGCAAACAACAUGCUGUCAUUCAAUACCGGCAAGUAGAGAAGGAGAAUCCUGAUGGUACAUCGUCUAAGCAAGUAAAGCCUUACUUGAUGGACCUUGGAAGCACUAAUAAGACUUACCUUAAUGAGAAUCCAAUUGAGCCGCAACGCUAUUAUGAACUUUUUGAAAAAGACACCAUUAAAUUUGGUAAUAGUAGUCGAGAGUAUGUGCUGUUGCAUGAGAACUCAGUUUCGUGAAUGCGGCUACUCCAAUAUGUAUCUCUCUUUGUCCGCCACAUGGAGGUUUAGGGAUGUCUUUCUCAUUAUGCCAUGUUUGCGACAAAAGUUGGUACUACUUAUCUUUAAUUUUGUUAGACCAAGGAUUGAAGAGGCUUUCUGUUCCUGUAGAAGGGAACAGUUUUGUUAAAUGAUAUUAGUCUUACGACUAUGUGAUACAUUUUUUUUGGUACAAACUUUCGAGGAAAUUGCUUCUAUUUGGAAUAUUAUUUCGAGAAAUGCUAGCAACACUACUUUA